ACUCUGCUCAGCACAGGCGAUAGCACACACAGCACAGUCGAUAGCACACCGGACCUCGGUCUAGGUUGUCGAGGGUUCGAGACCUGCUCCUUGCUGUUUCAUUACACUAUUUUAUAAGAAACGAUAAGGGAAACGGGUCUACACUUUAUGGAUUUGGUGCAAAAAAGUCUACCGAGCGUACACCAGCGGUUACUGGCAACGUUGCUACCAACCGUUGUUUAACAUUAAACAUGUUAGGCCAAAUCCUGGUGUUAUGGCUGUGUCUCAUCCUGCCUACAGCAAACUCAGCUACCCAUUCCCUGAAGUAUUUCUACACAGCACUCCCACAACCUACUGGCCUUCCAGAGUUCAGCGCUGUUGCGUAUUUGGAUGAGGAACCAAUAUAUUCCUAUGACAGUUCUACAAAGGAAGUGGUAGCUCGACAGGAGUGGGUUAAAGGAGCCGUGGAUCCAGACUUCUGGGGAAGGAAUACAGACAUUUCUAAGAAGACUGAGAAGGUGUUCAAAGACAACAUGAACACUGCAAGAGCUCGCUUCAACCAGACAAGUGCCCAUACAUUGCAGAUAAUGUACAGCUGUGAGUGGGAUGAGGAAACUGGUGCUACAGAGGGACGUGAACAGUAUGGAUACGGAGGAGAGGACUUCCUAUUAUUUGAUCUGAAGAACAAAAGAUGGAUUGCACCUGUUCGGCAGGGACUCAUCACCAAAAUAAAGUGGGAUGCUAAUGUUCCUAAACUUGAAGCCAAAAUUAACUAUCUAACCCAUACGUGUAUUGAAUGGCUGAAAAAAUAUGUUUUCUAUCAGAGAAGCAUGCUGGAGAAAACAGUCCUACCGCAGGUAAGUUUGCUUCAGAAAAACCUCUCCUAUCCUGUGACUUGCCAUGCAACAGGCUUCUAUCCGAAUGCAAUCAUGAUAUUUUGGAGAAGAGAUGGAGUAGUAAUCCAUGAUGAUGUGGUGCAUGAAGAGACCCUGCCUAACGGGGAUGGGACAUAUCAGAAGAGAACCCAUCUCACUGUGUUCCCUGAAGACUUACAGAAGCACGACUACACAUGCACUGUCCAACACAGCGGCGAUGAUGUGGUUCUGUCUGCUAACAGGGACAGCAUUCGCAGGAAUUCUCAGGCGGAAAUGGAAAUCGCAAAAAGGCUCGCCAACAUCACCAUCACCAUCUUCAUGGUCUUUGUAUUGGUCACAUUGGUCAUCAGUGUUAUUGUAAUAAAGAGAAAGGGCUGGAAAGGAAAAGAUCCAACAGCUGGAAAGGAAAAACAGUGUCCAACAAGUCUCCUGGAGAAGAAUGUUCUUCUGAUCAUCGAUGCAAAACCUGCUGAAAUGGAGAAACCAAAAAUGAGCCAUCCAGCUGAUGCUCUCCAGUGCCCGAAUCAAGAUACGACUGGUUCCGACAGAAGCAGAACAAUUUCCUCAAGCUCUUCUAGUGGCUCUGAUGACUCUGGAGACUCUACAACUCCUCUUGUCAAGAAACGUUUUUAGUCUCGGUCGACUGCAGUUGGAGGGCUGUCUUCUUUUGUGAUCUUGGACACCUGAAUUAUCCGUGGAGUUACAAAAGCCUCUUGCGAGCCUGCCGACAUGCUGGCUACUCCCCUCGGGAAAUUCAGGAUGGUAAUAAAGGUCUUUCUAUGAAAAUUGAUAAGAAAUCGGCUGAACUCCAUUCUUCCAUUGACGACCUGAAAUCCUCCAUGAAUGAUCUCCUUUUGAGAACGACUGAGGCAGAGUUGCGCAUUAGCACAGUUGGAGAAGAACAUCACCGGCUACCUCAUUCACCCUGCGCGGAUGAAAGUUCAGUACAAAGGCCGAAGCCAUCUCUUCAACACACCGGGAGAAGUGUACACUUUUCUCAAAGAACUGAACAACGUCUGAGCCAGGACGGUCUCUCUGGGGGAUAAGAUGCAGUUUGUUUGUUUUCUCUUAUCCGGACUGAACCAGUGAAGCCAGUGAACACAAGAAAUAGAAGAGGGAAUGGGUAGGACAAGUUUUUGCGUCCUCUUUUAACUCCAAAGCAAGAGGAACUGCAAUUUUGAUAAGUAGACACAUCCCCUUCUGCAUCAACAACACCAUCUCUGAUCCCUCUGGCAGGUUUGUUUUGGUGCAGGGGCAUAUGUUUUCAGAGUCUUGGACCCUAUUGAAUAUUUAUGCUCAUAACUUCGAUGACCAUAUGUUUAUUCAGAAUGUCUUCCUUCAGGUCGCUCAAGCACCACCAGGAUGGCUACUGGUUGGAGGAGAUUAAAAUUUUUGUUUAGAUACAGUUCUUGAUAGGUCCUCUGAUAAACCCUUACUUCUUACCAAAGCCGGCAAGCUCACCAUGUCAUUCAUGAAAGAUCUCAAUUUACUAGACAUCUGGAGACAGUUGCACCCACAGGAUAGGGACUACUCUUUUUAUUCACACCCACACAAGACACACACACGCAUAGAUAACUUUUUACUAUCGACACAACUGUUUCAUAGAGUGUUAGAUGUCGAGUAUCUCCCCAUAUUGCUUAGUGACCAUUCCCCUCUGGUAUUAUCAAUCUCCAUUCCUAACAAGGUAGAUGGAGAAUAAAUUCUACACUCCUAAAGCAACCUGAAUUUUGUGCAGUCAUCAAAGAGCAGAUCAAUAUUUUUACUUUGGCAAACAAACCCUCAGCUCCUGACAGUUUCAUUCUUUGGGACACAUUGAAGGCCUAUCUGAGGGGACAGAUCAUUUCCUAUACUAAAGGGCUGAAGAGAAAAACGGUGCGGAACUGAGUGUAAACGGAAUAGUGUAAAUUGUCCGUUGGAGAUUUUAUUAAUUGUUCAGCAGUCGUAUGGCUUGGGGGUAGAAGCUGUUGAGGAGGCUUUUGGGUCUAGACUUGCCGUAUAAUACAUCCGGUGUGGUUUCAACAGAUUUUUGUCAAAUUAACAAAUUAUUGUCUUUUGUUGAUUUUAUAUAACAACAUUCCUACCUGGUUUAGCAUUAUUUUUUUCAAUUAUUGCAUAGUUCUACUAUUUGUAUUCAUUUAGGUGUAACGUGUAAAUGUGUAACGUAAAAAAUAAUCACUGUCAAUGACAGACUUUCAUUUUGAAGGCUAAACGCAAAGUCCACUAUUGUGGCUAAUCCUUAUUGUGGCUAACUUCACAUAGAUUGGUUCGAGCACCAUUAAUCAAAUAAGAACUGUCUUAUAAAUUAGGGUUAUUUUAGAUGAUGACACCUAGCUAUUUAGUUAGCUAGCUAACUAUAGCUACUGAAACAGAUUAUGUCGUUUUGCUAUGUUUUUGGGGAAGAGCAUUGUUUGCGUCCAUAAUGUAGCUCGCUUUUUUUUAAAUACAAGCACUGUAGUUGCGCGGAACAACUUUACCAGCAUCAUAACAUGCGUCUCGAUGAAUCGUUGUGACAUAUGAAAUACGAGUGAUGGUGUAAUCAAUGUGUAACGUAAAAAAUAAUGAAUGCGUUACAUUUUUAUGUGACGUGCAGUCAUAUUCAGGUCCUGAUUGGUCAACAAGCUUAUUUGAUGACACGCAAAGACCGUAACGGCGUUCCAUAGAAAUCCUGGUUGAGAAUGAAACGACUGGACAAUUCAGCAAUGAAACAGCACAGCAAGUAAGUGAAAGAAAUAGGUUUUUAUUAUGUUUUACUGGUAAUGGGGACAUACGUAAAUGCCAACAAAGUAACUUUUUGGUGUGUGUGUAUAACCUUUAUUCAACUAGGCAAGUCAGUUAACCUGUCUAGGACUUGGGUUCCACUAGCGGAACCCCUCGCCAACAGCCAAUGAAAUUGCAGAGCGCCAAAUUCAAUCAACAGAAAUCUCAUAAUUCAAUUUUCUCAAACAUACAAGUAUUAGACACCAUUUUAAAGAUAAAAUUCUCGUUAAUCCAACCACAGUGUCCGAUUUCAAAAAAGCUUUUCAGCGAAAGCAGAACAUAUCAUUAUGUUAGGUCAGCAACUAGUCACAGAAAGCAUACAGCAAUUUUCCAAGCAAAGAGAGGAGUCACAAAAAGCAGAAAUAUUGAUAAAAUGAAUCACUAACCUUUGAUAUUCUUCAUCAGAUGACACUCCCGGGACAACAUGUUACACAAUACAUGUAUGUUUUGUUCGAUCAAGUUCAUAUUUAUAUCCAAAAACCUCAGUUUACAUUUGGCUUUGCCUCCAAAACAUCCCGUGAAUUUGCACAGAACCACAUCAAAUCACAGAAAUACUCGUAAUAAACAUUAAUAAAAGAUACAAGUGUAAUUCACAGAUUUAAAGAUAUACUUCUCCUUAAUGCAACCGCUGUGUCAGAUAAAAAAAAAAAAACUUUACCGAAAAAGCAAACCAUGCAAUAAUCUGAGUACGGCGCUCAGAGACCAACAUAACCCAAGAAGAUAUCCGCCAUGUUGGAGUCAACAUAAGUCAGAAAUAGCAUUAUAAAUAUUCACUUACCUUUGAUGAUCUUCGAAUCCCAGUUCCACAAUAAAUGUUUGAUUUGUUCCAUAAAGUCCAUAAUUUAUGUCCAAAUUCCUCCUUUUGUUAGGGCGUUUAGUUAUAUUACUGGUCGUAGACACAUAUCAAACGGUGUAUAGAAUCAAUCUUUAGGAUGUUUUUAUCAUAAAUGUUCAAUAAUGUCCCAACUGGAGAAUUCAUUUGUCUGUAGAAAAGCAAUGGAACGAGAGGUAACUUUCUCAUGACCGCGCAUCACGAGCCCGAGGCUGCUGGCAGACCUCUGACUCAAUCCCCUCUCAUUCAGCCCCCCUUCACAGUAGAAGCCUGAAACAACGUUAUAAAGACUGUUGACAUCUAGUGGAAGCCUUAGGAAGUGCAAGAUGACCCAUAUCCCACUGUAUCUUCAAUAGGGGCUGAGUUGAAAAACUACAAACCUCAGAUUUCCCACUUCCUGGUUGGAUUUUUUCUUGGGUUUUUGCCUGCCAUAUUAGUUCUGUUAUACUCACAUACAUCAUUCAAACAGUUUUAGAAACUUCAGAGUGUUUUCUAUCCAAUACUACUAAUAAUAUGCAUAUAUUAGCAUCUGGGACUGAGUAGGAGGCAGUUUACUCUGGGCACGCUUUUCACCCAAACGUGAAAAUGCUGCCCCCUAUCCAUAUGAAGUUUUAAUGUGAGUCUGGAAGGAGAGUUUACAGUCUAACCAGACACCUAGCUAUUUGUAAUUGUCCACGUAUUCUAAGUCACAGCCGUCCAGAGUAGUGAUGCUGGAUGGGCGGGCAGGUGCGGGCAGUGAUCAGUUGAAGAGCAUGCAUUUAGUUUUACUUGCGUUUAAGAACAAUUGGAGGCCACGGAAGGAGAGUUGUAUGGCAUUGAAGCUCGUCUGGAGGUUAGUUAACACAGUGUCCAAAGAAGGGCCAGAAGUAUACAGAAUGGUGUCUGCGUAGAGGUGUAUCAGAGAAUCACCAGCAGCAAGAGCAACAUCAUUGAUGUAUACAGAGAAGAGAGUCGGCCCGAGGAUUGAACCCUGUGGCACCCUCAUAGAGACUGCCAGAGGUCCGGACAACAGGCCCUCCGAUUUGACACACUGAACUCUAUCAGAAAAGUAGUUGGUAAACCAGGCGAGGCAAUCAUUUGAGAAACCAAGGCUGUCGAGUCUGCCAAUAAGAAUAUGGUGAUUGACAGAGUCGAAAGCCUUGGCCAGGUCGAUGAAUACAGCUGCGCAGUAAUGUCUGUUAUCGAUGGCGGUUAUGAUGUCGUUUAGGACCUUGAGUGUGGCUGAAGUGCACCCAUGACCAGCUCUGAAACCAGAUUGCAUAGCGGAGAAGGUACGGUGGGAUUCGAAAUGGUCGGUAAUCUGUUUGUUAACUUGUUAAUCCAGCUGCUGUGUCAGAUGUCAAAAAGGCUUUAUGGCGAAAGCAAACCAUACGAUUAUCUGAGGACAGCGCACCGCAUACAAAAACAUAACCAUAUUUUAACCAGGAAGGUGUGGCAUAAAAGUCAGAAAUAGCAAUAUGAAAAAUGCCAUACCUUUGAUGAUCGUUUGUUGGCACUCCAAAAGGUCCCAGUUACAUCACAAAUGGUCCUUUUGUUCGAUAAUGUCCUUCUUUAUAUCCAUAAAAACUCAGUUUAGCUGGCGCGCUUCAGUCAAUAAUCCACUCAGUUUCCCACCAUCAAAAUGCAUUCAAAAUGAAUCCCAAACGUUACUAAUAAACUUUUCCAAACAAGUCAAACAACGUUUAUAAUCAAACCUUAGGUGCCCUAAUACGCAAAUAAACUAUAAAAUUUAAGACGGAGAAUAGUAUGUUCAUUACCGGAGAUAAAUAAGAAAGAAUGCGCUUUCCUCCAAGCUCUUGGAAACACUACAGCCAAAAUGGGAGCCACCUAGAAAAAAUACAAUUUCUGGGUCAUUUUUCCAAAAACCAGCCUGAAACUCUUUCUAAAGACUGUUGACAUCUAGUGGAAGCCCUAGGAACUGCAAUCUGGGAGGAUUUGGCCAUAUUAUUAAAAUACUAGCCAUUGAAAAUAGUGGUAAUGGGAUGGUUUGUCCUUGGGGUUUCGCCUGCCAUUUCAGUUCUGUUAUACUCAGACAUGAUUUCAACAGUUUUAGAAACUUUAGAGUUUUCUUUCCAAAUCUACCAAUUAUAUGCAUAUCCUAGCUUCUGGGCCUGAGUAACAGGCAGUUUUCUUUGGGCACACUUUUCAUCCGGAUGUCAAAAUACUGCCCCCUACACCAGAGAGGUUGAAACGUAUCAACUAUAAUUAUAACUCACCCGUGAUCUGUUCAAGCUACAGACUCCAAACCAACUUUCAGUAUGUGGGAAAAUGUGUAUUUGGGAAGCCUAACACAUUGUGCAUGUCUUAUAGUAAUAUGUCUGUGUAGGGUGUACUGUGUCUUAUAGUAAUAUGCCUGUGUUUGUAUGAUUGGGUGUACUGUAUGUCUUAUAAUAAUAUGCCUGUGUAGGUAAGAGAGGGUGUACUGUGUCUUAUAGUAAUAUGCCUGUGUUUGUAUGAUUGGGUGUACUGUAUGUCUUAUAGUAAUAUACCUGUGGAGGGAAGAGAGGGUGUACUGUGUCUUAUAGUAAUAUACCUGUGAAUGUAAGAGAGGGUGUACUGUAUGUCUUAUGGUGAUAUACCUGUGGAGGGAAGAGAGGGUGUACUGUAUGUCUUAUGGUAAUAUACCUGUGGAGGGAAGAGAGGGUGUACUGUGUCUUAUAGUAAUAUACCUGUGUAUGUAAGAGAGGGUGUACUGUAUGUCUUAUGGUAAUAUACCUGUGGAGGGAAGAGAGGGUGUACUGUGUCUUAUAGUAAUAUACCUGUGUAUGUAAGAGAGGGUGUACUGUAUGUCUUAUAGUAAUAUACCUGUGGAGGGAAGAGAGGGUGUACUGUAUGUCUUAUGGCAAUAUACCUGUGUAUGUAAGAGAGGGUGUACUGUGUCUUAUAGUAAUAUACCUGUGGAGGGAAGAGAGGGUGUACUGUAUGUCUUAUGGUAAUAUACCUGUGUAUGUAAGAGAGGGUGUACUGUAUGUCUUAUGGUAAUAUACCUGUGGAGGGAAGAGAGGGUGUACUGUGUCUUAUAGUAAUAUACCUGUGUAUGUAAGAGAGGGUGUACUGUGUCUUACAGUAAAAAAAAAUAAAAAAUAAAUGAACUAGUCA